AUGGCAGCUACGCCCAUCGUAGUCGAGGGCAAGAAUGAAGAGAACAUGGACUUGGACUUGGGGACAGGCGGGACGAGAUCCCAACAAUCGGAUACGAGCAAGAACGAAACUCCGGAAGGUGCACCACCAAUGCCAUUGUCACGGUCACUGGACUCUCUUAUGGGUACACAGGGUGUACUCCCAUCGCAGUCCGAACAGCUCUCAACACUGGCUGUACCAACGCCUACCGAUGGCCAGGGAUCACCACUUCAAGCUUUCACCGCACCUUCGUUAUCGAUGAAUGCCACCUCGACCUUCUCUCUUAACUUUGUAGCAUCUACCAUCCGGCCAACCCUUACUGUGCAAGCAGAUGCUGUCGCGAUGAACGAGGCCAUGACCAUCCAAUCUGCUUCAACUGCAGUCCCAGGCCUUCUAGCGGACUCUUUCGCACAGGAUGAAAUUGCAGCCCUUCCCGGUGUCAACCAAGACGACCCUUCAUUGGGAACAGUACCUGGAAUGAACCAAGAAACUCCUGUACUGUUGACUGCACCUAUAAUGACACCUCUCGCAACCCCUGAGAGUUCGACUGUGCCGUCUACAACUUCGGCGAUGACAGUCGAAAAGCCCAUGCCUGGAAAGAAUCAACCGAAGCCUACGAUGGAUAUUUCUGCAGUGUCAUUCAUGAUUCUGAGCGACUCCCGCUCAACGGCUAUGUCAACUAUAUCGUCUUCUUCGACAGUGAGCAUAGCCACUGAACCCUCUGCGAGUUCUUUCUCCCAGCCGCCAACAUUGGUCAUCUCGACUUCGUCCUCGACAGCGUCCUCGACAACGACAAAGCCUUCAUCGCUACCUCCAGUUCUCACCUUUGUCACCGUUACGCGAACAGCAGAAGCCAAAGAAGACAUACAGCCAUCCACUCAAACUAUCAUGGCGCCACAAGCUGUCACCACACGACAGUCCGUAUCCUCAGGGCUUCGGACAUUGUCCCUAGCUUCCGGAUCAGCCAUACCUUCCAGUCUGGCUACCGCCGUUAGUGUCGAGCCGCAGCACGGCUUGACACCCCUUGCAAGGACACUGUUCAUCCUUUUUGGAGUGCUGGGUGAGUACCGCACCAGAGUCUUGCACGACGAAUCUAACAUGAACACAGGCUUCGUCACGAUCCUCCUCGCAAUCGGUGUAACCUUGAUAAUGCGAUCGAACAGAAGGCGCGCACAAGCAGCCCGACAACAAGCCGCUGGAAGCCCCAUCAAAGACAUCGAAGAAUACGAUGGCUACGGAAACAUAACCCGCGUAUCCGCCAACAGCUCAAUCAAAAACUUCCUAACCGAGCCCGAAAAAGCCAUUGUAAACCGCGCCGCUACGCCAGACGGAGAAUCAGACGCAAGUACAAAACCCUCCAGCGCCCUCACCGAAGCCAUCAACUCCUUCAUAACCAAAUCGCGUCGCCUGACAUACAAAAUAUCGCCCUAG